CUUCGAUAAGUUACUAUGUCACAUGAAAUAUGUUCAGUUAUUAAGGUUUCACUGUCGCUAAUAACCUAAUUAACUACAAAUCAUUGUAUUGGUGGCCAGUCAACACAAAGCAUUAAGCAAUUUCAUGCAAUAGAGAUUGGAAGAAAAGAAUUAUGAAUCAAUCCAUCAAGUAUAGAAAAUAGCUACAUCCUAUGGUGUUUCCCCCAUAAAUUGGGGUUUAGUUCAUGAUGAAACUAAGAUAAAACAAUAUGGUUUUGAUCACCAUGUUCCAAAUCAACAAUAAACAAAUAAUUCGUACUAGAAAAUCCAACCAAAUCACUUGUUCUUGAUGAAAUCAGCUCACACUGCCCUGAAGAAGUCGAUUGUCGAUGCUGCUCUUGCCAAUCACCAAAAGCCAAUCACCUGUUGUCGCGCGGCACUGUGCUCCAAUCGGCCUCUAUUACCCAGCUGCUCUCUCUCCUUUUUCUUCCGUCCCCAGCUCUCCCCCAAUCCAAUUAAUUCCUGGUCCAACUUAUUCCCUGCCGCCCGAACAAGAUGCUUGGGCCGGAAUUCCCUAUCACUAAAAGACAAUGGACUUGGUCCAAGAAAAUCAAAAGAAUGCCCCUCCAAAAGCUUCCCUCUCUAACCCUUCUCGUUCUUUUCCCCCAGAGAAAUUCCCUCCAGUUAAUGUCCUCUUCAAGGCCGCCAGCUCCCCCAGUAAUAGGCCCGGCCGAGAAAAUAAUCCCCCUCUUGGUCUCGUUUCCAAUUUGCCUCCAUGUCAAGGGACUCCGGGCCAUAAUGUCCCAGCCCAGUCGAGUCACUUCCGGUCCACUGUUCCUCCUAGCCCAAGUGAAUAUUCCACCAGUGAUUCGAGCCCGUUUGAUUGCUUGUGCAAUUUCUUCUUUUUCGUGUUUUGUCCACCUGUAACAUAUCAAACUCAUGGCACUAGGCAGUAAUGGUUUUUCAACCACUUCUGGAUCAACGAGCCCUAAAAUAACACCAAUCGGCUUAAACAGAUCAUAGGAUAGUCACAUAAAGUUUAAGAAUCCGAUAUAUUAAUGCCGAUUAUCAUUAACCAUCAUUUACCAACCGUUUGAUUCUUUCUCUUUUCUCCUAAUUUAAAAUUAACGAUCAAUAUUGAACUGGACGUAGUUUUGCAAACUAAAACCCUAAUCACUUGGAUUUGCUACCCUUUCCAUAUGCGAUGUACAUAUUUCCCUUCUCACUCAACCUAACCCUAUACUCUCCAGCUCCCUCAUCUGCCUCUCUAUCUUCCUACCACACCUCCCUCUCUCCCAACCUCUGUUAGCUUGGUGAUGGGUUUUCUACAACCCCGUAUGGGUGUUGUCAAUCGGUUAUACAAAUUUUCUAACUAUCCCAUUUUGAGUCAAGUAUAACUCAGAAUGACAUUGCUAGUACAAUGGUUACCAAGGUCGUAUUCGACGGGUUUUGAUACCCUAAGUUACUUCUCACUUUGUUGUUAUCUAGUUAACCGGUUUAGGUUUUAGAUUGAAUGUUGAUUGGAAGAUACUGAUGGAAAAAGCUAAGAUAAAUGCAAGGUACUUCGGGGUUCCACCCUUGCCCUAAACUAGAUUCAUCAUGCAAAUGACUAACUCUGUCAGGUUUGUAGGAUAGGAUGCGAAACUGUCUAAUAUGGGGAUUUCGACAACUACUCUCCCUCCUCCUAACAAGGCCCACAAAGACCCAAUGUUACCUCAGUCUAAGUUUAUGUGUUAGGGUUGCUUCCAUAGUUCCUCUCAAUAGGUUCAACCUAUUGUACAUACUAGAGACGGGCUUAGAUCAGAACGUGUGCAACUUCUCUAGCGUUGUUUUAGGAAGGAAUUCCUAUAGCAGGGGUUUGGUCUCCAUGUCCACUAAGAAAUCCUAAUAUCAUUUAUCUAUCCUUAGUCUGCUAGUUGACGCUACCCAGUCUAGCCCUAAAAAUCCCACCUAAUGUUUAUUUGGUUGUAGGCUAGUAUGGAAGACUUGGACGACUUAUCCAAACAUAAUAAAGCACAAAUGACACCCCCUAUUAAUUAUAGUUAUUUUGGGUAGUAAAUUUCUCUUGCAUUUAAUAUUUUUUGGUAAUUGAAAACUCAUUAAUUACAUUCUUUUUUCAACUACCAAUACGCUGAUACAACUACCAUUGCACCUGUACACUGAUACCAUUGCACUAAUUAUUUAGUGCAACAUAACUUUAUUACCUUAAAAGCCUAUAAUUAAUAGGGGUUGUCAUUUUUCCAACCCCUUUAGGGGUAGUCAUGUUAUCUCAUCUCCAAACAUAUCCAUUCAAAAACCCUAACAUAAUUACUUGUACAUUCAAAACCAAAAUAUAGGGUUUGGGGUUGUCAUUUUUCCAACCCCUUUAGGGGUAGUUGACAAGCUAGAACACAACACCAAACUACGACCAGGUAUAAUCGAUUUUGAAAUGCAGAAUAAUGGGUAAGUUUAAUUUAUCAACCCGGGGUCAAGAUCUACGGCCUACUUCGUGAACUUCUAUUAUCUAGUGAGACUAAGGGAGUGAAGUUGAAUUCAAAACAAAACAGAAAGAAAGCAGUAAAUUGUCCGAUUUUCUGAAGCAAGAGAAGAGUCACUCGGGAAUGAGACCCCCUAGCUCUUUAGUUAGGUCCAAAUUGUAAUUUCCUUUGGUUGAUUCAUUGUUGAUUAAACUGCAGAAUCCGACCGCAGCUUGGAAUAUCUUAAGUUGACCAAGCCUUCUCAGACAGACUAACCGGCAGACGACUAGACUUCACCGGGAUAGAAUGCUAAGGCCACGAACACAUAACUCCACUACUGGAAACAAAUUCCAUUACAAAGCAGUGAAUUGACUGACUCUCUUACAAUCAAUUCACUCCUAUCGAUUGAAGAAACUCUAACAACCUAUUCAGAUGCUAUCUAUCACAGGUUGAAGCAGAAAUCAAGAGAAGUUGAACAAGAUUCAAUUGACUAAAUAAACACACUUCAAUCGAUUAAAAUCAACCAAUAUAUCAACCCAAAAGUUAUUUUUUUCAAGAUCCCUAACACAUUGAACUAGAGUUCUUCAUACCCAAGUGAAAGAAAAGUCUACUCCAUAGAGAGAGAGGAAAAUAGAAAUCAAAACAAUCAUACUCAUAAAGAUGGGAAAAAUCUGCUCUGGAUGUCAAUCUUCACUCCUGGGGACGCAAUCUGGGCUUCAAUGGUGAUAAAUCCACUCCAAAUAGCUCCUAGAGUUUGUUCUUCUCACUUUCUCUCUCUAGAACUCUAUUUUUGCUCCAAAAAGUCAAAUCCCCUUCCUUUGCAUCGAAUCUGCCUCUUUUAACCCGAUUCUGGGUGAAAUACGGGCAGGAAUACAGUCGUAAUUCAAUUCUGCCCGUAUUUUGCCCAAAACGCACGUUUUACUUAAGUUGAUGAGAGAAAGAAUACGACCGUAAUUAGUGAAACACUGCCCAUAAUGUGUGAAUUACGACUGUAUUCCUUCUUCUCUUGCCCGUAUUUUGUACUUCCUCAGAAAUCUUCAAGGGCUUGGCUCGGCGGUAAAAAUAUGGGCUAGACCAAUGGCAAAUACGACCGUAAUUUGGGGCAUGAUGGCCGUAUUUUGAACUUGAGCACUCUCCAGGUUCGACAGUAAAAAUAUCGGCAGGCAUCACUAGAAGCACAAUCGUAAUUCUGCAGGGGACAACAAUAUUUUGCUCCCAGAAUCGCCAAAUGAUCUCCAAACGACCGAAACUUGAACCAUUGCCUCCCUUUACCUGCUAGGACCUGAAAUGUGAAAAAAUAGUACAACCUAACAUAAAAUAGGCUAAUGAACCACAAAUUCAAGCUAAAACGGUCAGGAAACCAAAGUGCAAACAGGUGCAAAUACGAGGCUAUCAAAUUCCCCCACGCUAAAGUGAACCAAGUCAGAUAAAAGGCAAGCUCAAAACAUUUUAAUCAUGCAAACUUUGGGGACAUAUCAUAUAGGCACAAAACAUGUGAAUCAUACUGGCUUUUAGACAUCAACACAUGAACAACCUCAACGACAACCUAGACAACCACCACAGAUGACAUUCGAGUGCAGCAAAAUCGAAUAAAGGAAGAGUCUCACUUCUGUUCACCAACCAACAUAGAUUUGACUCAACUACUUACUCAAGACAAUCACCUCAUUAAUAAUAUUCAAGACCUCAG